CAUAACUAAAAGAUAUCAAAGACAUACGUUUAUAUUCUCGUCUCGUUCUCACCCGCACACUAAUUAAAAACAGAAAAUACGCCGUACGUCUUUACUUGAGUAAGUCAUCAGCAGUUUAGAGGUUACCUUUUGGACUUGACAGCAGCAGAACUUCAAAAUGGCCGGAGACUCACCAGUAGAUGAAAGCAAACUUACCGGCAUGAGCCGCAUUUUCAACGGACAAACCAUGAGGGGAAGGGCUAAUGUCGCCCUUGCCACCUACGUUAGCGUUGGUCUCAUCAUCACCUACUUCGUUGCCAAGCCCAAGAAGAAGUAAACUGUUGGAAGUCACUAGCAAUUGUUGUACAUUAUCUUUUUAAAUUAAAAUAUACUGAAGUAAACAAGUAGAAA